AUGUCGCGCCCCGAAGACCUCCUCCCACCAGACCUCUUCUACAAUGACACCGAGUCCGCCAAAUACACAACCUCUUCACGUAUUCGCCAGAUACAGGCCAGCAUGACACAUAGAGCGCUUGAGCUCCUAGAUCUAAGACAACCGGCGUUUGUGUUGGAUUGUGGAUGUGGGAGUGGUCUUAGUGGCGAGAUUCUAAGUCAACAGGGUCAUACGUGGGUAGGCGUGGAUAUCAGCCCGAGCAUGCUUGAUAUUGCGCUGCAGCGGCAGCAGACACGACCCGAGCAGACAAUGAGGACGAGGAAUGGUCACACGAACGGCAACCACGAACUUAACGGAUCUGAUGAGCUAGAUGACAACGAAGAUGAAGACGACGACGACGACGACAACGACGACGACGAGGAAGACCAAAUGGAAGAAGACCUCACUUCCAGCACCCUAGGCCCCGACGGCGACCUGAUGCUCCUAGACCUCGGCCAAGGCCUCCCCUUCCGCCCCGGUUCCUUCGACGCAGCAAUCUCAAUCUCCGCCCUCCAAUGGCUCUGCAACAUCGAAUCAACACACAAUCCAACGCAGCAAACAGCAGAGUCCCGCCUACGGCGAUUCUUCGAUACCCUAUACGUAGCGCUGAAACGUGGCGGAAAAGCAGUUAUCCAAUUCUAUCCACGAAACGAAACACAAAGGAAGAUGAUCAGUUCCGCCGCAGUACGAGCAGGUUUUGGCGCGGGACUACUUGAGGAUGAUGGAGGGACGAAGAACGUAAAGUAUUACCUUGUGCUUAGUGUUGGUGGAGGAGACAUUACGGGCGUGGUUCGAGGGAUGGAUAAUGUGGAUGUUGAGGAUGGGAGAGCGAUCAGAGAGGCGAGGGGUGGUUUGAAGGGCACACCGAAGAAGGGGAGUAAGGCUUGGGUUAUGAGUAAGAAGGAGAAGAUGAAGGCGAAGGGGAAGGUGGUGAAGGGUGACUCCAAAUAUACUGCGAGAUCGAGGGGUCCGAAGUUCUAG